AGAUAAGGCCAUGGGAAGGGAAAGCAGACAUUUAUGGAUUGGAAAUGUUCCUGACAAUGCUACUGAAAACACUAUUAUUGACUAUUUCACUCCAUUUGGAGAAGUGGAUAAGAUGGAGUUUCUGACUACAAAGGACUCCCCGGCAGGGGUAACUGCGGUAGUUUCCUUCCUUAGCCUCCAAAUUGCUGCUAAAAUAUAUAAAAUGACUCACAAGAUUUCUAACAAUGCUUUGACAACACGUUAUCACGACUUUAGUGCCAGCACUCAAAGUGACAGUAAAUCUGAAGUUAAGGAGAAAAGGACAAGGAACGAAGAUUUUCAGAGCAGAAAGAGAAGUGCAUCGCCAGCACGAGGCCGGGAAAUAAAGCGCAAGGUUGACAUUGCACCUGGUGCAGGUGCGGGGCGCACUCAAGACCGUGGAAGUACUGGUGGAGCUACUGGUGCAGUAGCUGGAGACACUGCCUUCGAGUACCGGAAGCGUGUCAUUAUCUGUCAUAACUUGCCUGGAAACCAUUCAGUGCACGCACUGUCAACGGGGCUGUACCACGAAUUCAAACAAAUUGGUAAGAUAAAACAACUGUGGAUGAACACAGACCGAGGGGUCAAGACAGCAGUUAUAAUGUACCACGAGUAAGAACGAAAUCAUGUAUUAUUUAGCGCUCAGCUGCUUUCUAGGCUGAUUCAAAUCAAACCCUGUAGAUCCACUGAUUAGUGAUUACUUCUUGCAAUCACCCCCUUGUUUGUUUACAUCAAAGAGAUCCGGGUGUGUUUUGUUAAAGGUGUUUAUUUUUGUUCUUUCAAAGCUCUUUUUGGGCUGCUGAAUGGGAGAUCAAUGAUAUGUUUGUAUCUCGGAGAUUUCGCUGCUGUUUCGGCUUCAAGAGUUAUGGUGAAGAAAUGUUGCCGGGAUGGACUUUCUGCUGUUAUUCACGAUUCAGAAAAUGUGUUCAAGUUAUAUAUCGUCUAUCAUCUGAGAUCAUUUGGAUGGUUAUUAAUUGGAGUGGUAUAAAUCUGAUUAAUUGGAAUUAAUCUACCUUUGACGACGAAGAACGGGACGAAAGAUGGACAUUUUAUUAAGUGAAAAAAUAGCUGCUUAUAGGACUUCAUGCCCUUACCUUUGGAGCUCUUUUCCAUUUUGAUGACUCCUGGCUGAGAUGAAUCAGAGCCAACCCGCCGGACUGCAGAUCCCACAUGGGGCUGUCACAUUUAAUCAAAAAGGGUCUUCUUGUAAUUGAAAAGCUGUAUGUAAACACGUAUUAAUUAUUGCGCGCACGUGAUGUCAUCUUAGUGCGCGGUGUUUAUCUUGUGAUGAAAAUCUGUUUGGCUGGUUACUUUAUCGUCCUUUGACAGCUCAGCCAUGGAGGGGUCUUGAAACAUCAAGAUUGUGGCCAAAGAUUUUGUUCCAGAGGAAGAUUAUUAAAGUGCCUGUGUGUGGGCGACCGCUCGAUGGUUCAUGGUUGCUUUACGACGAUUCAGAGAUCUAUAAAAGACGUCAGAGAUGGAUCUCGACGAAUAUCGCAGAAUUUUUCUGUUCCUCUUAUACAAAUGUUGAAAUUUUUAGGAAUAUCAACUCAAGGAGCUCAAUCUUUUCUACCUCUCCCCUAUUCAACACCACUGCUGGUUCACUCUGUUUCACAAGACCCUGUUUCAUCCGAUUUCUUAUGGCAUGGCUUAACAUGGUAGUUGAAUGGGAUGGAAAUCGUUUUAACUAAAGAAGCUGCAGUUUGUAUGUUUUUAUACAUCGUGAGUUUCAAAGACCGGACUUAUUGCCAAAGAAAUAUCAUAUCAUUGUACCGAGACGAGUCCAGAAAGACCUUUCUUUAUUUAAAAUCUUUGUUCUUAAAUCUUCAACACUUCUGCGCUCCUUUUUAUUCUCUGGAACUUUGUUUAUUAAGUAUAAUCAUAGAACAUCUCUAAAAGUUCUCAAGUGGCUCACAUGGCCUUCGAUGAGCUGAACCGAAAAAUGCUGUUUGGAAAAACACUCGAUUUAGAGCUUGUCAAAGACAAAGAUGCAUACACAUCCUACCCUGACACUUCCAACGACGACACGAGGAGAGAUCCUGUGGAGGAACCUCGAAGAGAACCACCAGCUGCAGCUCGUCGUUUUUCACAUGAGAUCACUCGAAGACACAGCGACGAUCUUGUUACAGAUGAAGGAGCAAGCAGUACUUUAUUUGUCGGAAAUUUGAGUGGAAACGUUCGGUAUAAAGACCUGAUGUCGUUGUUUAAGCGCUAUGGCGACAUUGAGUGCAUCGAUAUUAAAGAGUCCGAUAAGGGCUAUCCCUACGCGUUCAUUAGAUACUACGAUCUUAAAUCAGCUUGUGCAGCCAAGAAGUACCUAAAUGAGGAGACCCUACAUGAAAGAUGCAUGAAGAUUGGUUACGGUAAGGGAUGUCAGACCAACACUGUGAUGGCAAUGGAAAUAGACAGACAAUGUCCCGAAAGUAAGGUUGAACACGAGUUUGGUAAGUUUGGAGAGCUGGUCAGGAUGACGUACAACCAGACUCUGGGUUCCGCGCUGUGUACCUACACUGACACGGAGUCCGCUCAACUUGCUAUCGAGAACAUGAGGGGCAGGUGCCUUGGGAGAACUGGUCGGGUCAAGGUGGAUUUUGCAAAUCACGAGGAGUGCCAGGAGUUUUACAAGAACUACGAACAGUGUAAAGCCAGCCAGCAACUAAUGAAGUACCACAUGGACAUGAUCGCUCAAACCACUGAGAGGGAGAGUCGUACCAACAAGAAGUAUGAUGACUUUAAAGUUGGUGACCGUAGAGGUAGUUAUGACAGAAAGCAACCCGCUUCACCAGAGAGACGUGAUUCUCAGUACAGCAGUAGUAAGAGAUUCGAGAGAGUAGAAAGAACAGCGUCCAGGAACGUGAGAGACAUCACUCCAUCCCCUCCUCCUGUUCUACGCGGCAGAACGGACCGGUCUCCAGGUCCAGUGGACAGGAGACCCCGCAGAUCAUUUGAUAACGACUGGAAGGGUAAAGGCAAGGCUUUGCCACGGAAAUACAGCGAUGAAGGUCGGAUAGACAGAGAUCGAGCAACCUCCGCAUCUGGUCGAGGAGGUGGACGAGACGAGAAGAUAAAUCGUGUAGUAUCAUCUCGUUACAACAGCGAGGAGAGGGAACUUGCACGUCACAUCCGUGACUCUAGGAACAGUUCUCGAGAACGACCUUCAGAGCGGGUAGACUUCAAUCACUCGAACAUGAAGAGACUGUCAAAGAAACCAACACAAAGAUCCCCAUCACCAGGUGGCUCUCCUACAAGCAAAUACUCUAAAUACAAGGACUCAGAAAGGAGCAAGGACUUCUACACUCAGAGAAGUUCUGGUGGUCGGUCUGUUAACUCUAUGAUGGAUAAUGACUGGGAUAAGAAGAAUUUUAAGGGAGACAGUAAAAGGGACUCACGUGGAAGCUCACGUGCAGAAGCGCGCAGAGACUCACGCGUGGGAUCUCCACGUGAUAGAGGGGGCGAGGGGCGUGAUAAGAGGAAGAAGGACAGACGGAGUACUUUGAGCGAGGAAGAGGAAGAAAUCCUGAACUCGCUCAUCGCAAUGAGACGAGUAGAGAAGUCCAGGCAGAAGAAGAAUCAGAGGCGAACUGAUAGAGAUGGAUCAGGAAGUAGAGAACGGAGCAAACGGGAGAAGAGUGAUAAGGACAAGAGGAAGAGGAAAAGGAAGCAUUCGAAAGAUUCUACUGAAGAUUCUUCUGAAGACAGCUCAAGUUCCUCAUCUGGAACCAGUGAUGGCGAGAUAGAUGUUGGUAACCAUGGCAACGGCGAACCAAAGCAACAGGAUCCAGAUCAGGUCCCAGUUGCAGAUACCGCUCUUGAUAGGAUCGCUAAAAUAAUAUCAGACAGCACUAACGGACAGGUACAGCUGAACACGAUAAGCGCAGUUCAACCGCUACCAUCAGAGAGAUAUAGUCCGGGAGAGAAUGAAGUUUUAGCUCCUCCCCCCGCCAUGGUCCAAACAAUGAUCCCAAUACCUCCUGCUGUUGUCCAGCCCCUCCUUCCACCUCCCCCCAUUCAGAUGACCCAAAGUAAAGAAUUGCUGGGUCUCCUCAGAAAGUAUCCCAUUAUGUGGAACGGAUCAAUUGCUCUCAAGAAUGACACGGCUAAUGUUCAGCUACACUUCUUGUCGGGUAGUGCAGGUAUUGCUGAAGGAGCUAUAAACGCGCUUCCCAACCUCGGGCCUGGUCCAAUGAGAAUCGCACAGAGAAUGAGACUCGAACCUAACCAGAUUGAAGGUGUUCAGAAACGCAUGCAGCACGAAGGGCAGUGGUGCAUGAUGUUAGCACUCCCCCACGGUACCGACCCUAUAAGUGUCAGCAAUCAGACUACAACUCUCCAACAUGGCUUUAUAGCUUACCUGGAGAGCAAGCAAGCAGCUGGUAUCAUCAACCUUCCCGUACCAGAUCAAUCCUCGCCCUACGUGCUGCACAUUUUCCCGCCAUGUGAUUUCACACAGACCCAUAUGAAGCAGUUUUGUCCAGAACUGAUCGAGGGAGCUGGAGAUUGUGGGUAUCUCCUCAUCGUCAUCGCAACUGUUUAGAUAUUAUUAAAAAAAGCGGUCUACGGUUUUAAUAUCAUGGUGCGAUUCGAAUGAUUACUUUAACCGGAUUGAGAUCGAUUAUUUUUUGUUUUAGCGAGUUUUUAAUCAUCGUUUUUACUCUCAAUCUUGUUGUUUCGAUUAUAAGCCUGUUUAUUUUAAUACGAUAUGCAGAGGUAAUUUAUUUGCUCGUGUUUUCAAGUUUUUGGUUAUACUUGGCAAUUGCGAAUGCUGCACGAGCACAGCACAUUUUACUGUUUUCAUUAAUCUUAUUAAAAGUAUGUAUUAUAGUAUAUAAGUACGUCACUUUACCUUGGUGUGGCCAUAUAUUUCGACGAUUGCGCGGCAUAGGGAGAGGGGAGAGGGAGCAUGGAAAUGCGCGUCUUAUCACACAGCUUUGUAGUCUGAGACUGCCAGGAAGCAGCGCGCUUGCUGGAAUAUUGAGUGACCACACCAAGGUUACUCGUUAAAAUAAAAUAGCUAAUAGUAAAGUUACUUUGGUGCUAAGUGCACGAUAUGUUCGGACCAUUCACCCGUACUUAUCUUUCAUGUUUGUUACGCAUAACUUUGGAUAAAAAUCGCUUGUUGAUAGAAAAAAGAAGGUAGAUAAACUUUAUUUAGUAGAUUUAUCCAGUUAAUUUAAAGCAUAAUUUGAUAAAUUAGGAGUAUUGAGUGGGCUAUUUUAAAAUACACACUAAUUAUGUUACUUUCACCUUUUUGUUUGUUAAUGUGAUUAUGUUCUGUUUUGAUUGCAUUUUGGAGUAUUAGGAAAUUAUUUGAUCUUAAUGCAAGUUC